AUGCUAAAUAAGAAAAUAUUGAAAGACUGUUUCCCAGGAAUCCAAUUUUUAGCCCACGCACUGUUCAAAAUGGCUGACAAAUCAGAAGAGCAGUCUCAUAAGAAACAUCGUCAGAAGCAAAGUGGCUCUAAGGCAGAAAAGAAAAAGUCAAAAAAUAAACAUGAACAGGAGCAAACUGAUCGCCAACGAAACCCUCGUGCCUUUGCAUUUCAUUCCGUCAACAAAGUAGCGAGACAAGUCCGAAGAACACUCGACAUCAAAGAAAAACGGCACCAUGUCCCAGUAGUUGACCGAACCCCAGUAGAACCUCCUCCUAUUGUAGUUGCUGUGGUAGGGCCACCAAAAGUUGGCAAGACAACACUUGUAAAUUGUCUGAUUCGUAACUUUACCAGACAAAAGUUGACCACUAUCAAGGGACCUGUAACUAUUGUCUCGGGCAAGAAAAGAAGAAUUACAAUCAUUGAGUGUAAUAAUGAUAUCAACUCUAUGAUAGAUAUUGCUAAAGUGGCAGAUUUGGUACUUCUGCUUGUUGAUGCUAGCUUUGGGUUUGAAAUGGAGACAUUUGAAUUCCUGAACAUCUGCCAGGUGCAUGGCUUCCCUAAGAUAAUGGGUGUGUUGACUCACUUGGACCAGUUCAAAAAUAGUAAAGUAUUGAAGAAAACUAAAAAGAGACUAAAGAACAGAUUCUGGACUGAAAUAUAUCAGGGAGCUAAACUUUUCUACUUAUCUGGAAUGGUGAAUGGAGAAUACCAGAAGACAGAGGUUCACAACUUAGGCAGGUUCAUUUCUGUCAUGAAGUUUAGACCUCUAGUCUGGAGAAGUAGUCAUCCUUACAUCAUAGCAGACAGAAUGGAAGAUCUCACUGAGCCUGAUGCCAUUCGGAUAAACCCCAAAGUUGAUCGUAAUAUCUCGCUGUAUGGAUAUGUCAGAGGAACCCAUUUUAAAAACAAAAGUAACAUACAUAUACCAGGUGCUGGAGAUUUCCAUAUAAAGGACAUGAGUUUCUUGCAUGAUCCCUGCCCUCUGCCAGACACUGUUAAGAAGCGCUCACUAAAUGAGAAGGAGAGACUGAUCUAUGCCCCUAUGUCUGGUGUAGGAGGCAUAGUGUAUGACAAAGAUGCAGUCUACAUAGACCUGGGUGGGAGCCAUUCACAUAAGAAAACUGAGAAAGAGAGACCAUCUAAUGCGAUGGUGUCAACAAUGAUGGAUUCCCAGCAGACGUUAGAUGCUAAGAUGGCAUCCAGUCAGCUGUCAUUGUUUAAAGAUACUGCACCUUUAACAUCAGAGGAUAUUGAAGGAAACCCUAAUUUUGAAAUGCCUUCCGAAGAAAAAGUUCUAGAUGACUCUGGUCGCACUCGUCGAAAAGCUAUAUUUGAUAAAGAUGAGAAUGAUGAUGGAGAUGAUGAUAUUGAAAGUGAUGAGGAAGAUGAUGUGUCUGAAGUUGAAGACAUGGAAUUAGAUACCAACAUCAUUGACCAGACCUAUCAAUUGACAGAAGAAAAACAAAAUAAAUCUACAAAAUCUGAGAACUUGCAAUAUGAGGAUGAUGAGAGUGAUGAUGAAAAUAUCCAAUUAUUUUCAUCAAAAUCUACACCAAAAUCAAAAUCUAUUCAAAGAAAUAAAACAAAUAUGCAGAGAGACAGUUUUGAUGAACAUUUACAAGAAGGAUCUGAUAUUGAAGAUCCAUCUGCUUCAGAGGAGGAAUCUGAAUCUGAUGAAAAUAGUUCCAGUAGUGAAGAAAAAAGUUCCACAGAAUCACCUGAUGAGAGGACUAUAGUAAACACUAUUUUAGAAAAGACUAAGAAUAAGCUCAAUGAAAACAAGACCAUGGGAAAUAAAAAAACAAAUCAGACUCCUGAGAUUCUUGAAAAGCAAAAUGAUGACGAAAGUGACAUUGGAAGUGAUGAUUAUGACAAUGAUGAUGACGAUGAGCAAGAUAUGGAAGGAAAUGAAGACGAUUUUGAUGACUUUGAAGAAGGUGAGGAUAUGUCUGAGGGAGAUGAGAAUUCAGAAGAUGACGGAGAAAGUGAGGAAGAGGAUACUCAAGAAACAGGUCAUUUAAAGUGGAAGGACUCCAUGAUUGAGAAGGCAGCAGAGGCAUACCGUAAACACCAGAGUAAGGUGCUGAAUCUGAAGAAACUAGUCUAUGGACAAGAUGACCAGAAAGAUGCGGAAGAUGAUGAUUCGGAGGCUGAAGAUGAAGAUGAUCUAGGUGGGCUGUUCAAAGUGAGCAAGAAGUCGAGAAGCACAUCACAGAAGGAGACACUGACAGCCUCAUCCAAUGGUUUAGAUUGUUCAAGGUACACACCAGUCACAGGAGAUGAACCAAAGUGGGAGUUAGAGGAGCUGUUAGAUGCCAUAAAAGAUUGUUUUGUGACUGGCAAAUGGGACAAAGAUGAAGAUGCCCAGGCUCUACUGGAUCAAGAUGAUGAAAUGUAUGGGGAUUUUGAGGACCUGGAGACUGGAGAGAUCCACAAGGAAGAGGAUGAUGAUGGCAGUGAUGACACCGAUGAAGAUGAUGAAGAGGAAGAUGAUAAACCAAAGAAGAAGAAAUCUGAAUGGACAAAGGAAGAGAGGAAGGCAGCAGCCAUGAAGAAGAGAGAGGAGAAGAAGAAGAACUUGAAAGCAAUGUUUGACGCUGAGUAUGACGAUAAAGAUGGAACCUACUAUGAUGGCCUGAAAGCUGAGAUGGAACAACAAGCCACUUUGAACAGGAGCGAAUUUGAGAAUUUGGAUGAUGCCACACGUGCUCAGUAUGAGGGGUUCAGACCAGGGCUCUAUGUUCGUGUAGAACUGGAACAAGUGCCUUGUGAAUUGGUCACUAACUUUGACCCUACUUACCCUUUAAUUCUUGGGGGACUACUGAGUGUAGAAGAAACUAUAGGUUAUGUUCAGGUGAGGUUUAAAAAGCAUAGGUGGCACAAGAAAAUCUUAAAAAACAGGGAUCCAUUGAUUGUGUCUUUGGGAUGGCGACGGUUCCAGACCAUUCCACUGUACUCCAUACAAGACCAUAAUAUGAGGAACAGACUGUUGAAAUAUACUCCUGAACACAUGCAUUGUCAUGCUACAAUGUGGGGUCCAAUCACCCCACAGGGCACUGGUUUACUUGCUGUGCAGAGUGUAUCAGGAAACAGUGGGAGCAGUGGCUUUCGUAUAGCUGGCACUGGAGUAGUUCUAGAGCUGGAUAAGUCAAAGACAAUUGUUAAGAAACUAAAGCUAACUGGAACACCAUUGAAAAUAUUCAAAAAGACAGCAUUCAUAAAGGGAAUGUUUACAUCCCAACUUGAAGUAGCCAAAUUUGAGGGGGCCACUAUAAAGUCUGUGAGUGGGAUAAGGGGCCAGAUCAAGAAGGCAGUGAAGGCUCCAGCUGGUGCAUUUAGGGCAACGUUUGAGGACAAGCUUCAGCUUAGUGACAUUGUAUUUGUGAGGACAUGGUUCCCAGUGGAGGUGCCCAGAUACUACAAUGUUGUCUCCACUCUGCUGUUGGACCAGGAUGAGAAGACCAAGUGGCAGGGAAUGAAGACUGUAGGCCAGCUGAAGAGAGAGAAAGGAGUUCAGGGAGAGAGGCAAGAGGACUCAAUUUACAAGAAAAUCGUGAGGAAACCGAAGACAUUCCAGCCUCUGAUGAUACCACGUGACCUCCAGGGAGCGCUACCAUUCAAAGAUAAACCUAAGGUAGCAAGAAAUGUUCGGGAUCCCGUACAGAGUACAAGGAUUGCUGUGGUCAAGGAAGCGAAGGAGAGAAAGGUUUCGGAGUUCAUGAAAAUGAUGAAAACACUACAUGAGCACAAGAUGAAGAAGAAGCGUGUAGAGAUGCGACAACGAGCUAGAGCCCAUGAAAAACAAACCAAAAUUAUUGACAAUAAACGACAGAAGAAAACUAAGGAAAUGAAAAAGGAGAUUUUCAGAGUUCUUGGCAAAAUGGAGGCAAGAAAAAAAUCCAAAAGGAGCGAAUGACAAUUGAAUUUUACUGAUUAGUCU